UUGGAAAACUCUUAGGACAUCCAUGUGAAUGUGGGCCUGGCUUCAUCCUGAAGGAUUUUUUUGUGAAAAACCACAGGGAAAAUUCCACCUCAGAAGCAAGAAGCUGGAAAAUGAGGAUUUUCUUGGUUUGGACCCUUUUCCUCAUGAGAUCCACGAGCACAGGUGGCCAGGCAGUGACAGGCCCCAGGCAGGUGACAGCUGAGCAGGGCAGCUCACUGGCAGUGUCCUGCAGCUACAAGCCACGCUACAAGCUCUACUCCAAGUACUGGUGCCGCAAAAACUUGCUCUGGUUUUGCUUGACCUACGCCAUCCAAACCGACGGCUCAGAGGUGACAGUGACACGGGACAGGGUGUCCAUCAGGGACAACCAAACAGCAAAUUCAUUCACAGUGACACUCAGCAGCGUCACACCAGGGGAUGAAGGCCAGUACUCCUGUGGGGUGAAGAAGAAAGCGAGGUUCAACCAAUGGCACAGCACCAAGGUGAUGGUCUAUGCAGCUCUUUCAAACACAACUGAGGACAGCGACCUGAGCCCACCAACCACCAACCCUCUGUGCCCCAGGGGCUGUGGGGAGCCUCCAGUGCUGUCCCAGCCCAGUGUCAUCCACUUGCUGCUCCUGCUCAGCAUCAAGGUGCCCUUGGCCCUCGCCGUGGUUGGUGGGGCAGCCUGGCUGAGGAGCCGCUGCAGGAGCCGUGGCCAGGACAUCCUGCAGCUCUUGGAGGCAUCCAGCAGCACCAGGGCAUGGGGCUGCCCACCCGUCCCAGCCACCCCCAAGCCCUAG